AUGGAAGAAAAGCCGUCUAACGCAUCGAGGAGGUCUUUGGUCCACCACGACUCCAACAAGUCGUUACUGCAGGGCGACAUCCGGAACUUGUGGACCACAGCCACCCUAUCGGAGUUGAACGUGAACCUGCCGCUGUCCCAUGUCUCCGAGUGCUCGGACUUGGAAGGCCGCAGGUCAUCCUACCUCAAGGGCAGCGUCGAUACGGACAACGUCGACUGGGAGUGGGACGGCGGACUGCGCGAGUCUCUGCCGGGUGAUGACAGCUCCCAGCAAGAGCUGGACGAGCGCACCUUGAUGGAGUUGGAGCUGCACCGCAGUCACUCCCUGGGGAGCGUCCCAGAGGGAGGAGACGACGAUGACUCCAGGAUCAAGGCUGAAAGGUCUUCCUCGUCACUCAACGUCUUCAAGCAAACACCUCAUCGAGCCUACUGGGCAGAGCAGCAGAACAGGCUGCCACUGCCUCUGGUGGGACUCAUGGAGAAUGAAGUUCUAGAAAUCCUCACCAAGACCCUUGAGAGCUACCGGUCGGGGAUCGGCCGCAACCACUUCCUGACCAAGCAGCUCCGGAGAAGCAUCGAGGGGCUCAAGAAGCGCCGGAACAAGAUGCUGCAAGUCUCAGUGAACUGA